AUGGAGCAACUCAAGCGCCAGCGGCUCGCCAACGCCGGCGUGACGUAUCUCAUGCGCAGAUCUGAAUUCGACGCCAUUGCGAGCGCAUCCUUCAUGUCCGUGCUCGCAUCACCACCGUCGCUCGCCCGCGUGGACGAGGCCGACCUGUACACGCUGCGGUCGGCGCUCGACUCGUCGUCGACGAUCGCGUCCAACGCCGAGCUGAUACAGGCGCAGCUCGCGCGCUUCCUGCCAGCCGACUCGCUCGUGGACCUCGAGACGGGCGACGUGCGCUCGUACGCGGCGUCCGUGCUCCUCACAGCGUGCACGCAGUCGUCGCUCUCGGACGACGCCAAGCUGCGCUUCGCUUUGACCUCCUCGACCGUCGGCGACGUCCUCGACCGCGUCUUUGCCAAGACCAGCAACGGCGUGCUUACGUUUGGCGACUUUUGCUCCAUCUUCCACGAGCCGCCAACGACUGUCAAGGACACGCCCAUCGCGCCGCGGCCGCCGUCGUCGCGCCUCGACGGAACCCUCGACUGGCUCGCUGCCCACUUCACCGAAGUUCAGUUUCUGACCCUGUACUUUCUCCUCAACUUGAUUGCGUGCACGAUCAAGAUCACGACCAUUCCGUGGGACCCGAUCGCGGGCCAGCUCGCGCGCCUCGCCAAGGCCAUGGCCCAGAUCGUCCUCGUCAACGCGGCCUGCGUGCUCCUGCCCAUGUGCCGGUCGCUCGUCACCGCGCUGCGCAACGUGCGCUGGCUCUGGGCGAUCGUCCCGUUCGACCAUACGAUCGCGUUUCACAAGCUCGCGGCCAUCGUCUUGCUCUUGGCGUCGGUCGUUCACUCGGCCGCUUGGGUGCUCAUCGUCGUCCGCGCCCGCGAAGCCACGGACCUCGACUGGAGCGUCUCGAUCCUCAACAAGCACAAGACCCGGCUCUUGCGCUACGGCACGCUCCUCGACAUUGCGGCCGAGCUUCCGAUCUGGACGGGCCUCGCCAUGCUGCUCUGCGCGCUCCUCGCUGUCCCGUGCACGCACCACCGCAUUCGGCGGGCCAACUUCAACCUCUUUUGGCUCAGCCACUGCCUCUUCGUGCCGUUCACUGUCUUUCUCUUUAUGCACGGACUUCAGGGCUGGAUGGCGCCGCCGCAGACGCAUUUCUGGAUGGGUGGGCCGCUCCUUGUGUUUCUCAUCGAGCGCCGGUACCGCGUCUCGGCUGUCUUUGGCGGCUCGACGCGUAUCCUCAAGGCCCACAUCGCGGCCGACACGGUCGCCAUCUACAUGCACAAGCCGCGUGGCUUUCGCGACUUUCAGCCGGGCAUGUACCUCUUUUUGAAGGUACCGAGCCUCUCGCGCUUUGAGUGGCAUCCGUUCACGAUCUCAUCGUGCCCGGAAGACAAGUAUCUAAGCGUCCACGUGCGGCGGGCGGGCGACUGGACCGGCGCGUUGCACGAUCGACUCGCAGAUACGACGCAACCCUACCCCGCGAUCGCGAUCGACGGCCCCGUGGGUACGCCGUCGCAGGACUACGGCAACUACCCCGCCGUGGUGCUCAUUGGCGCCGGCAUUGGCGUGACGCCGUUCGCGUCGAUCCUCAAGCAUCUCGUGCAUGUGUGGGAGGAGCACCGGUGCCCCGACUGCGGCGUCGUCCAGCUCCCGAAACGCAUGGCGCUUCAGAAAAUUUACUUUUUCUGG